UACAUUUUAUAUAAUAAGGUCGGUAAAUUCUAUUCAGAACAAGUAGCUAAUUAAAUAAGAACUUACAAAUGGCUACCUUGAACGAGAUACCGAUCUUAAAGCUAGCUGAAGUCCAUGCUAAACCGAAAGGCCAUCAAAUGUCGUAUGGGACCGCUGGUUUUAGAGGUAAUGCCUCUGGAAUGGAUCACGUGUUCUUCCGUAUGGGAAUGUUAGCAGUAUUACGAUCAAAAUUAAUGAAAGCAACUAUUGGAGUUAUGGUCACUGCUUCCCAUAACCCAGAGCAUGACAAUGGUGUUAAACUGAUUGACCCUCAUGGUGAAAUGCUUACCCAAAGUUGGGAAGAACUUGCAACGUCCUUGGCCAAUGUCACCAAUGAUGAACUUAUAAAGGAAAUGAAAAAAAUUGUGGAUUCACAAAAUAUUCAACUAUCUAAUGAAGCGUCAGUGUUUAUUGCAAGAGACACGAGACCUUCAAGCUUAGCAUUAAGCCAAGCUGUCCUUGAUGGAGCCACGGCCUUAGGUGCUACAUGUACGAACUAUGGACUGCUUACAACACCUCAGCUGCACCACAUUGUUGCUUGCUAUAAUGGUGGCAACCACAAUGUUAAUGAAGAACAGUACUAUCAGCAUUACGCUAAUGCUUUUAAAGCUUUACUAAAUGAGAAACCAGUUGGGUCAAGUGUGACAGUGGACUGUGCAAAUGGUGUUGGAGCGCCAAAGCUUGUGAAACUGGCAGAACACAUAGGUGUCAAUAUAAUUGAUAUUGUGGUGCAUAAUAAUGGGCAGUCCGGGAAGCUGAAUGAAAACUGUGGUGCAGAUUAUGUGAAAGUGCAGCAAAGAGCUCCAGUGGGUCUAAACAUGGAGCCAGACCAUCGUUAUGCCUCAUUUGACGGUGAUGCAGACCGCUUGGUCUACUAUACGCUGGACAGCGAUUGCAACUUUGUUUUACUCGAUGGAGAUAAAAUUGCUGCCUUGUUUGCUGUGUAUAUAAAAGAGCUUUUAAACAAGGCAGACAUCAACGUAAGAUUGGGAGUUGUUCAAACUGCAUAUGCUAACGGCAGCUCCACUAAUUAUAUAAGCACGGAAGAGAAUAUAGAAGUGGCUUGUGCACAAACUGGUGUAAAGCAUCUGCACAAAGUAGCAACAGCAUUUGACAUAGGAGUUUAUUUUGAAGCAAAUGGCCAUGGCACUGUGACUGUAAAAGAUGACUGCCUUAACAAAAUCAGGUCUGCUGCAACCAGCGAGGAAAAAUUACAGGAACAGAAACUUGCAGCAAAUAAAUUAACUGCUUUUCUUGAUGUAGUUAAUCAGACAGUUGGUGAUGCUAUGAGUGACUUACUGGCUGUAGAAGCAAUCUUACAAGACAAGGGGUGGAGCAUAAGAGAUUGGUCGUGCAUUUAUACUGAGUUACCAAACAGACAAGCCAAAGUGAAGGUGGCGGACCGCACAGUCAUUGAAACAACUGAUGCUGAGCGCAAAGUCACAAAGCCACCCGCACUACAACCUGCUAUUGAUAAAGUGGUGGCAGAAUAUCCUUGUGGAAGAUCUUUCGUUCGACCAUCUGGUACAGAAGAUGUGGUUCGUGUAUACGCUGAGAGUGAUACACAGGAGAAUACAGACAAACUGGCCAAGCGAGUAAGCCUGCUGGUGUAUGAGCUCGCUGGAGGUGUAGGUGAAAAACCACAGUAGAUAAUGCAGCAUGUUUAAACUUCAUAUGAAUUUACAUCAAACAACUAUAUAUUGAAAGCAGAUGCUCUUUUAAACUACCAUUUAUUCGCACUGCAUAUGUGCAUAUAUUGAAUUAGCUGUUUUUACUGCAGUCUCCAAUUGGAAAGUGUUUGUAAUUCUGUAUACUCACUGUAAAUCGAAAUGCACCUUGCCAAAAAUGCAGCGGCAAUUGUAGUAAAUAUAGGCUUCAAAUCAUUGUCGUAUUAUUAAGCUUUAUAUAGACCUGCCUUUCAUGUGUUAUUACGGCUUGGUUUUAAUUCGUGCAAUUUUAAAAUCAUGUAAACUUUUUGUAAAUUGGCAUUACAUAUUAAUAUUUGUCAUUUUGUUGAUUUUUUUGGUUCUGGUUCAGAAAUCCCUCAAAUUUGAGAUUUAUUAAUUAAACAGUACAGAAAAAA